AUGGCGCCCAGUCUGGCGCCCAACAUUCACGUCUCCAGGCACCCUUGUCUGCGCGCAAAGUUAUCGCAAUUGCGAUCAAAAACAACCAACGCCCGCGAAACCAAAGCCCUCAUCCACGAUAUUGCCCUAUUAUUGGGUUCAGAGGCGCUCGCCGAACUCGAGAUCGAGGUCACUGGAUCCGACGAAACACCCAUUGGAUAUGAGUACCCCUUUGAAACCAUCAAGUGUAAUAAGAUGACCCUGGUGCCCAUCUUGCGAUCCGGCCUGGGAAUGGUGGAAGCCAUCCAGACCCUCCUCCCAGGACAUGUCUCUGUCCACCACCUCGGCCUGUUCCGCGAGAAAAUGACACUGCAGCCCGUUGAAUACUAUAACAAUUUGCCCCAAUCGUCCGAAGCUGUCGCCAAAUUGGCCAUAGUCGUUGAUCCCGUUUUGGCCACCGGUAACACCGCCAUAUCCGCGAUUCAAAUCUUGAGAGAUUGGGGUGCGGAGAAAAUUAUCUUCCUCAGCGUGUUGGCUGCAGAAUCGGGACUAGUCAAAGCCGCAGGAGAAUGGCCCGAAGGGACACAGAUCUGGGUUGGAGGGGUGGAUAAUGAAUUGACAGAAAACGGGAUGAUCAAACCUGGCCUGGGAGACAUUGGAGACCGACUCUUCCUAACAAUUGGAAAGUGA